GGAAGCUUACGAGCGUUUCUUCCCCGGUGCCUAGGAGGCUCAUCUGAUUGUGGUCACCGGCCGAUAGGGCUGGUCGGCUCCGGGCAGUUCCUCGCUGGCUUCCAACGAAGUUUAGGUUCGCCGACCGACCCUGGCGUAGUGGGCUUUUCCAACCCCCUCUGGCGGCGGCGGAAGCCGAGCCCACACGAGGCCUAGCCGAACUCCGCCGAACGUCUCCGAGCAGGAUUCUCCAGAGCCUCAGUGCCCGCCUCCUCCUGUCCGAAAGCUCCCGAGUGUUGCCGGACGGGAGAAUCGGCCUCGGCCGACGGCCGCCCGCAGCACCGCGCGGCGGGAGGAGCGAAGAUGGCGGGAGGGUGCGGCCAAGAGGCUGCUGGGAUUGUGGCGGACCCAGCGGCAAAAUGGCGGCUGUGCGGCCAGGGAGAGGCUCCUUCAAGGUGCUCUCGUCAGUUCCUCUUCAGAUGCUGUUUCACGUCAGUGGGCUAUACUAUGCCCUGUACUUCCUAGCUACAUUCCUGAUGAUUGCAUAUAAAAGUCAGGUUUUCAGCUAUCCUUGUAACUAUCUGGUCCUGGAUCUGCUCCUCUUGCUUCUGAUGGGGAUUCUUGAAGUAGCUCGGCUAUACCUAGGCACGAAAGGCAACCUGACCGAGGCUGAAGUGCCACUGACUGCCAGCCUGGCAUUCACUGCACUCAGUGGCCUCCUUUCUGUUCACUUCCUGCUCUGGCAGACCUUGGUACUGUGGAUGGACUCGGUCCUCAGCACCAUUCUCCUGGUGCUGCAUGGGCUGGAGGCUGGCUUGCAGGUGGUGGUCAUUGCUGACUUCAUCAGGUAGACAGACCAGGAUAACCUGCAGAGCAGUACUCCUCAGCCUCCAGGCAACUCCUUCGCUCCCAGACACAAAGGGUAUCUUUUUAUUGAUUGUCUGUAGAUGGAUGUGAAUGGUUUAUAAAUCUUCUUUAGUGAGGAGGUUACCAGAACCAGGGAGGGACAAACUUAGGAGCCUAGAUGUUGAAGCUGGCCAUCACGGACAGUAGUCAAUCCCAAGAUGUCCUCAUGUCAUGUGCUGGGGUACUGGCCAUAGCAGGACCACCAGUGAUUGCCAGGCCAGUGGAAGGCAAAGCCUUUCAGGAAGGCAACAUCUGAGGGCAGCCCAGAGCUCCACCCUGUCUCAGCCCCAGACAGCAGCAUCCUGGCAGAAGGACUUGACUCUGUUGCUCUGCCACCAUGGGUUUUCUCACAGGAAUGACUGACUUCCGUGUUUCCCACACUGGCCCUGCUUCUUGUUCUGAGAACCUCCUGUACUGUUUUCAGGCCUGGGAUCACUCUGGAGCUGCAGGAUGGCAGGCCUUGUGUUCCAGUGUCCCCCCAAUUUGGCUCCCCAUAAGGCCAGCACUGAAUAAAACUCUGGUUUCCAAAAGGAAACAAAAGUAAAUAUAUACAAGGUGUGGUGGCACACAAACA